UGUCGUGACAUCAUUUUACUACACCAACAAACGGGAGUGUGCUGUGUUUGCUUCUGUGGCUCCCAUGCUAUUUCUUCGGAUCAAGCAAAUUUCGUUUUUUAUUUGAUCUCGCUUCGUCGUUCUUCUUUUAGAGCGCGUAUUUCUAGUAGACCAAAGGCAGUGACAGUGCAGUCCGUUUCGGUUAUCCGGACGAGGUCCGCUGGUUUGCUGGCGAAAGGGUUCGCUAGCUGGUAGUUAGCUCGCUGCUAGUAGCCUUCGAGAAGAUUUCGCCCUGCUAUCAAGCCAAGCAACAAAGCUGUAUGUGUACCAAGGCUACGCGGUUUGCGGUUAAGAGGAUUCCCGCAGCUGACCUCGUGUGACGUGAACCCCGAUGAUCUCUGGUUGGAGUGCUUGUCAACCGCUGAUGUUAGACGUGUGCAAGUGAGAGGGGUUGAGGAACAUAUAAAAGCAAAGCGGUUUUAAAAGUCCUGAUGUUACUCUGACGCCUGGAAAAAUGAUGCCAAUGAUUCUGACGGUGUAUCUUAGUGAUGGUGAGCAGGCUCUGACAGAGGUGCCCAUCACUCCAGAGACAACUUGUCGUGAUGUGGUGGAGUUCUGCAAGGAGCCAGGGGAGAGCGGCUGCCAUCUGGCUGAAGUCUGGCGUGGCAACGAAAGACCAAUCCCCUUUGAUCACAUGAUGUAUGAACACCUGCAGAAGUGGGGUCCCAGGAAGCAGGAAGUAAAGUUCUUCUUGCGUCAUGAGGACUCGCCCACAGAGAGCAGUGACCAAGGGAGUCAGCAGUCUCAAGAGCAGUCUAACAGAAGGACUGGAAGCAGCUCGGAUAAACACAAUGAGAAUGGGGUGGGGAACACUCGUGUGGAGCUUACUCUCUCAGAGUUGCAGGAGAUGGCCACACGACAACAGCAGCAGAUCGAGGCCCAGCAACAGAUGCUUGUCGCUAAGGAGCAGCGCUUGCGGUAUCUAAAGCAGCAGGAACGGCGGCAACAGCAGGCAGUGUCUGAGACAGAGAAGCUGCAGAGGCUGAAGGAGAGAGUGGAGAGCCAGGAAGCCAAACUCAAAAAGAUCCGUGCUAUGAGGGGGCAAGUGGACUACAGCAAAGUUAUCAAUGGCAAUCUGUCUGCAGAGAUCGAGCACAUCAGUGGGCUGUUCCAGGAGAAGCAGGCAGAGCUGCAGGCGGCCAUGCUGAGGGUGGACCAGCUCAGCCAGCAGCUGGAGGACCUGCGGAGAGGCAAGCUGAAUGGCCUGCAGACUUUGGGUGGCCAUGUCACCGGCACUGCUGCCUUGGAGCUUCGCAAACUCUACCAGGAACUGCAGAUCCGUAACAAACUGAACCAGGAGCAGAACAGUAAGCUACAGCAGCAGAAGGAGCUGCUGAACAAGCGCAACAUGGAAGUGACACUGAUGGACAAACGCAUCAGUGAGCUCCGGGAACGCCUCUAUAAGAAAAAAGCUGAGGCACGUCAAAAAGAGAACCUGCCUCUGAACCGACCAAGUGGUCCUCCCUCCCCACAGCCAGCUCCAGGCAGUACUGGUCGAGUGGCAGCAGUGGGUCCGUACAUCCAGGUGCCUGUGCCAGCACACCCAGAGAGUGGCUACAUGGUACCCCCAGACCCCCUCAAACCUCAGACACUGGGUGUGAACACACCAGCCAACCAUGCUCGAUCAAAAUCAGAUGGCGUGAGAAAGCCUCCCGGACCCUGGAAAGUUUCUGAUUUAGACAUCAUAGUGGAUCCACUCCCGUCGUCCCCUCCAGAGUCUGGCCCGGGCCCCGGGGCCCCUGCCACCACCACCUCCUCCUCCUCCACAGCGGGGCCAGACGGAGCCUCUCCUAAUGACGCAGGGUGGCCGACCCUCAGCAAAGGCAGUGCAUCUCUCAAGCCUCCGGACUGGAAGGAGUCAAUAGGAGAUCCCCCAUCCAAAACAGUCUCCCCUGCCAGCACCCCAGCAGAUAAGAUCCCAGACCCAAAUAAACUGGGCUCAGCUCCUCCUCCCUGUAAGCCCCAGCCUCCUCCAUAUGGUGCCCACACCAGUUCCCAUCCUCUCUCCUCCACUAACUCUGGCUCUACCACCUCACUGGACCGCCGCAAGGAUGUCCUGCUGCGCCCUGUCCCAGGCCACGCAAACAACCCCCCAAGUUCUAAUCCGCCACCCCCACCAGCCUGGCCUCGUGUAGGCCCCUCUACUGGUUCCUCGUCCCAGCAGAUCCAGCAGCGCAUCUCAGUCCCGCCCAGCCCCACGUUCCAGCCCAGCUCGCCCCUUUUCCCCCCAGGAGAAAGACCUGACCCUCCUCUUGCUGUGGCUGUGCGGCCCUUCGUCCCAGACAAGGGAUCUAGACCACAGUCGCCCAGGAAAGGCCCAGCCACCAUGAACUCCAGCUCCAUCUAUCACAUGUACCUGCAGGGGGUGCCCAAGAACUACCCACUGAGCAGCAAGUCUGCUGUUAAAGCUGUGUAUGGAAAACCAGUCUUGCACUCCAGCUCCACUCCCCCGUCUCCCCUGCCCUUCUCAGGCUCUGUACCUUUCCCAGGGCUGCUGGGUGCUGCAGGGGACAUGAUAGACAAUGAACUGGACCCUGAGAUUCAGAUGGUAGGUAUCUCAGAGGGGCCUCCACCCAAUGUGGACCACAUCCCUCGGCCGCUCAGUCCAACCAAGCUUACCCCCAUGGUCCACUCUCCCAUGCGCUACCAAAGCGAUGCUGAGCUAGAGGUGCUACGCAAGAAGUUGGCUAACGCUCCACGGCCACUCAAGAAACGCAGCUCUAUCACAGAGCCAGAGGGUCCCAGUGGGCCCAACAUCCAGAAACUCCUCUACCAGCGUUUCAACACCCUGGCUGGUGGGAUUGAGGGAGGAGUUGUAGGAGUAGGAGGCAGUGGAGGAGUGACUCCAUUCUUUCAGCCAACAGGAGCUGCAGGCGAGGUGCUGUCUGAUGCAGACAAUGGAAAUCCACCCUCAGAAAUUCCAGCCGCUCCCCUGUCUGGCACUGAGGGGGCACCCUCAGAUGUCCUGCCUCAGGGUGAUGCGAAUGAUAACCAGCCCCUGCAGUCAGCAACUGAAACACUUGCCCCACCAGCGCUGGAGCCUUCAGAGGAUGAUGAUGAUGAUGACAACAACAACAACAACGCUGCAGGGCCUUCUGCCACAUUACCCAGCUGUGUGCCUGAGGCCAGCUCACCACAAGAGGCAGCAACUUCACCAUCCUCUCAGCCUACGGAGAAGCGCACUAACCUCAAGAAGCCUAACUCUGAGCGGACAGGCCAUGGCUUCAGGGUGAAGUUUAACCCUCUGGCUCUGCUUCUGGAUGCCUCAUUGGAGGGAGAGUUUGACUUGGUGCAGAGGAUCAUUUACGAGGUGGAAAACCCGAGCACUCCUAAUGAUGAGGGCAUCACUCCCUUACAUAAUGCAGUGUGUGCUGGACACCACCACAUUGUCAAGUUCCUGCUUGACUUUGGUGUCAAUGUCAACGCAGCAGAUAGUGAUGGCUGGACACCCUUGCACUGUGCUGCCUCCUGCAACAGUGUCCACCUCUGCAAGCUAUUGGUUGAGUCUGGCGCUGCCAUCUUUGCUACCACCAUCAGUGAUGUGGAGACAGCAGCAGACAAAUGUGAAGAGAUGGAAGAAGGCUACAUUCAGUGCUCACAGUUCCUCUAUGGCGUGCAGGAGAAGCUGGGAGUGAUGAAUAAGGGAGUUGUGUAUGCACUAUGGGAGUAUGAGGCUCAGAGUGCGGAUGAGCUGUCCUUCCAGGAGGGAGAUGCCAUCACCAUCCUGCGCAGAAAAGAUGACACUGAGACAGAGUGGUGGUGGGCCAGGCUUAAUGACAAGGAGGGCUAUGUGCCUCGCAACUUACUUGGGCUGUACCCUAGAAUAAAGCCACGUCAGAGGUCCCUGGCAUAGCUGACUGCAACUUCUUUGUUUGACUGACUGGACUGAUGUCUAGGGGUGCAGGACCGCCACCAUUUACCCCUCUUAUUCUGCUCCUGCUGCUGGGGUGAAGCUGCUAAACAAUGUUCCCAGACUGGGGGCACAACCGACAACACUACACACAGAUAUAUAUACACACACACACACACACACACACACACACACACACACACACACACACACACACACACACACACACAAACAUACACAUGCAUACAUACAUAUACAAUAAUAAAGGCCAAACAAAAAGCCUCAGGUCCUAAAAUCUGCCCCAUUACCCUCGUUACCAGGUCUCUAUCUCACCCUCAUCCCCCACCCUCCACUCCUGAAGACUUGGUUUCAACCGAGCAUCAUGUGACGUGUAUCAUAGCCACUGCACAUUUCUCCAUGGAGAUCAAAGCACUACCUGUUUGGUUUUAUAGCUUUUGUUUUAUAUCAUCAUUUCUGCUUGCGUUUUAAUCUGGAGAUUUUUAGCUCCUUAUAGUUUGUUGAGGUGAUGCUGGCACCAUGCACAGCUGCUUUUGCUUCUUUUUUGCGAGCCUCAGUUUAAAGAGGGAAUCUUUAUGCUAUGGAUAGAAAGCAUUUGUAUUAAACGUCCUGUGUAUUAUGCCUAUGACCUGAGAGGGAGCAAACUGGAUAUGUGAAGGCAUUUUGAUGGUGUGUUUAAAAAAAAAAAAAAAAAAAAAAAAGGAGGAAUGAAUGUAUGAAUGAAAUGAGGUGAGCUAAUGUGUACAAGAACAAAGAAGGUUAUAUGAGAUGAGAACAGAUUUAUAAGUAUAUAAAUGUAUAGCAACUGGAACAUGUUUAUUACAGCGAAAUAGUGGUUCAUUUAAUGUGCAUUCAAAGGCAAAUUCCCACAUAAUUCAGUUGUUAAGAUUUAAACAAAGCCAUUCUGAGUGGUUUGAUGUGAUAUGUUUCAGUGUAGAGAUGCUUGCCAGCUUUGAUUUCUUUACAGUGGUGGUGAUAGGAACCAGGAGUUGUGAUGACUAUAACACAAAAGCAUCCAUUUUCUUUGCUAUCCAAAAUGACCAGUGAACCUCCAGUAGUCUAUAAAAUGUUGUUAUAAUGGUAAAUCUGAGAUCUUUUGCAUUUAGAAAACCAUGCAUAUGCAUUUCCACCAUGAAUGUAUUUUUAAAAUACAUGUUAGGCUAAACUUUAUCUCAGAACUACCAUAAAGGCAUCAGACAGUAUAUUUGUAAUUAUUUUGUGCAUUAGCUUUCGGUGAGGCAACUUUCAGAAGCAUUAAAGACUUUGCAUGUCUGUUUACUGUAACUAGCACUGAAUAAUUCUGACUUGGUAAGUUUUUCUACAGUGGUGCAUUUUAAAUUAAACCACUCUGAAUGACUUUAUUUACACCUUGACAUUUAAGUAUGCAGAUUUGUGGGAAUCCCCUUUAAGCCUGGAGAUUAAAAUGCACAGUGUUAUCGGUAUGAGUGAUCUGUACUCUGUACAGUGAGUGGAGUCUGAAACGUGUGCGUGGAUGAUAGAAUGUUACAACAUUCAGUAUAUUAGAAUAAUUUUAAAGGCUGUGUGCCUGAGGAGAGAAUGGCAGUGAAUGAGUUAAGAGUGGAAGAUGUACAAACUGGUGUUACCAGUAACAUUAAUAGUAAUAAAACUGGCAGUGUGAGGUCAAAGUGGACAAUCCAUGCUGUGAUGAUAGCCUAAGGCCUUGCCAAAUACACUGCAUUGGCUUGAAGCCUUGCUGGCUGUAAGCUUUUCUAAAACUUGCAGAACAAAAGGUAUGGUUUAAAUGCAUAUUUACAUUGUUUAUUUUACACUACUUUUUUAAACAUUAAGUUACAUUCCUUAGUCCAUUCCUCCUCCCAGUCCUCUAUAAAAGUCUUGUGAGCUGAUCUUUAUGCCCUGCCUAAAAGGCAGUAAUGAGCUUUACCAUGAAGUUCACCUGUAAAUACUGUGAGGAGGCUUAGAGGAUGAGACGUGUUGGAUUCUUUGCCGAAAGACUUGCCUGCCUGUGCAGACCUCUGUAUGGCAUUCAGAUACGAAAGCCCACACCUCCUGUUCUCUACAUGUGCACAAAUAAAGAGAAACAAGUCAUGGGAA